AUGCAUCUCUUUCGCCGAGGGACGUCCUCCCUUUUUAACUCCUCCAAUGCCUCUGCCGCCUCCUCCAAGACCGACGUCACCACUGACGCAGUGGGCGAUAUUGCCCUCGCCGCAGAGGGAUUUCAGACAAUAUCAUCAAGCGAUAAGCUUUUCAAGAAUGUCGACCCAGCGGUCGACGGUGAAGACUGCUUACACGACUGCGCGACAUGCACAAUCAAAUACCCUGCCAAGUUUGAUGUCGAUCACCAAGACGAACUAUAUGGACAAGUCAACGGAUGGGCAACGCACCUGCUCGUUGCCACCGGCAAGUCCGAUUGGGUGAGAGAUGUGGCAGACGAGAAAGGGAGCGUCAUGGAAGCCAUUGAGAAGGGAGGACUGGAACCGAGCAACGGAAAGCUCACAAAUCCCUUCUUACAGCGACUCAAACUGUCCGCGUCAAACAUGCCCGUUCCAGACGACUAUCACAUGGCCGACGCAGGCAAACAGCCAACCAACGUCCUCCUACUGCCUAGCUUCACUGUCGUUGAACACGUCACCCCACAGCUAGUCCCAGAUCUGAUGGAGAACUUCAUCAACCGGUCUCUGACAACAACAACGCCACUAGGCGCAAUUCCACCCCCACCCGAGAAACCAACCGAGGCAGACCAAGACCAAGACCCUACGCAAACACAAGACCUCCCACACCCAUCCACAACAUCAAUCACCACAUCCCUCCAGUCUCACCCCUGCCCGCAUGCAGCAGUUAUUUUGCUCUGCUCGCAGCGCACGCGUGACGCAAGAUGCGGGCAAUCCGCGCCUCUACUGCGCCGCGAGUUCGAGCGCCACCUGCGCCCCCUCGGUCUGCACCGCGAUAUGGACGACCAGCGGCCUGGCGGGGUGGGUAUCUACUUCAUUAGCCAUGUCGGUGGGCAUAAGUACUCUGCGAAUGUGAUUGUGUACCGCCGCCGGGACUUUGAUUGGUACAAGCGAGACACUCCUGCGGAUGGCGAGGGGAGGGUCGAGGAUGAGGGUGCCGCGCAGGGAAUCUGGCUGGCGCGUGUGCGGCCGGAGGAAUGUGAGAAUAUUAUUCGGUAUACUGUCUUACAGGGGAAGGUACUCAAGCCUGGGCAGCAAUUGCGGGCUGGGUUUGAUCGUGAGCGCGGUGUGACGAGUUGGUAA